AAACUUAUUUUCAAUACGUAGCCUACCAGGGCCAUUACAUGUACAUGUACUCGUCAUUACUAAUGUUAGCAACAAGGAACAUCUUACACCUCUGAAGACCAAUGGCUUAGAAAGAUGAGCCUUUGUCAGGAUACUGGUGCGUGAAAGGUCACUCUCAGUGAGGAUUGUAUCACGAACUCAUACCGCCUCUGAAUGAACUGUUGCACGAUGGCCGUGGUCGAUCUUACCACGUCUCAUAAGACUGCCGUACGGAAGAGCUGGGGAAAGCUUGAUGCCGAGAAGCAUGGAAUGUUGUUAAAGUUAAGAACAUUCCAGCGGAAUCCCAUCUACCAAGAUCUGUUCGAUGAGUUCCAGGGCAAGAACAUAGAAGAGCUGAUCACAACUUGCUACCAAGAUGUCCUCCUCCACACCCUCCCCACAAUGAAUGCCCUCAAUUUUGCCGUCAAGAAUAUGAAUAACCCAGCAGCCUUCAAAAAAUACUUCACCGACCUGGCAAGGUCGUCAUCUGCUGUGCCAAUGGAUAUUGAAUUCAGCAACAUCCAGUCAGUUAUCGUGGACUGUUGGAAUGAGUCGCUGGGAAAAAUGGACAGUUUGACGGAAGAGGCGUGGGCAAUCUUAAUACGAGGCAUCUGUGACGCCAUGAUGGGCUCUACUGACGUCAAGGAAGGUGAAGAGAUCGACGAUGAAAAUUUCACGGCAUAAACUAUUAAACGACUCUCAAAGUCUCGCCAUUCGUAACCGUUGCCAACUGAUUGACUGGACCAGUUUUACUUUUGUACUUUUCGCUUAACCCGAGGGCGUAAUCAUUGGUGGAUAGAUAUGACUUCUUCGAUGGUAUAGUUUAAUUUUACAGCACGCUACGCGUAACUUUAAAUUGCCAAAUGACGCCAUUUCAUGAUGAAGAGGUAAUGAUAGAUACUGUGGUUUUUAACCUCUUCACACACCGUAUGAAGUUCGCCGUUACGCAAUGCCGUAUCCUUCUGCGUACACAGUACGGUGACGACUAGACUUCCAACUGCCCUAUAUCGUGGGACGCUUUGGGCGUGGUUUAUACAACCACGGAACCGCGCCAAUGACAGUUUAUUAUCAAUAUUAAUCCGCUUAGGACAAUAUUAGUUAAGGUAUGUAUCUGGCGUGGGUAUCUGUAUUAAUAAAUAAUGCAAUCAUUCCAAAUCCGUGUGUUCUGGACUACUGAAGGUCCGAGAACGACUAUAAAAGUUUAGAA